AUGGGAGACGACUUGUUUUCUAAGGCUUUGGAGAAUCCAGAUCAGGACUUGAACCUGGAAUUGCCGAAGGACGACGUUGAUUUGGGUCUUUUGGGUGAUGGAGGGGACGAUGGGAAGAACGAUGAAGCGGCGGUAGACGCGGCGAGGUUAGCUGGCAGUUCCUCUGAGUCUUCAGGAGGUAGUUCUGAUGCUGAUUCUGAUUCUGAUUCUGCUGAUCAGGACACGGACGAGGACACGAUUGAAAAUGAAAAUGAGGACGAAGAUGCCUCGCCUUCUGGCCCCAUAAUAUCCAAGAACGAAAUAAUAGAGGAAACUGUUCCUGAAUUACCAGAGGAUUAUGAGAUUUCUGAGAGAACGACUAUCACUCCCAUUGGCGUUUUGAAGUCUGCAUUUGAAAACAAUAUAAUAAUUCAUGCCAUGUUGUCGGGCGAAAAACGAGUUUUGAAAGAGGGCUCUAUUUUCUGUCUGGAGGAUAGAACUUUGAUUGGGAUGUUGACAGAAGUUUUUGGGCCAUUGCAGAAUCCGUUUUAUAGAAUCAAAUUGCCGGACUCAAAAGGAGAUUUAUUUAACGAGUUGAAAGCGCGUUUGGGUGAGAAGGCGUGUAUAGUCACCCCUGAUGCCCAUUGGAUAGACACUUUUGAACUGAAGCGCAACAAAGGUACUGAUGCGUCUAAUGGGUACGAUGAAGAAUUACCUGAAGAGGAACAAGAGUUUUCCGACGACGAAAAAGAAGCUCUUUUCAAAAAAAUGAAGAAACAGCAACAGCAACAAAGAAAGAAAAGAGAUAACCGUAAACAACCCAACGAUUCUGAUAAUGUCAAGGUGAAGAAAGCUCGCCAACCCAAGGCCAGUAAUUUACCCAAACUAGUGCCGCCAUUGGGCAUGAGCAAUGGUGCUCCGUUGCAACAUGGGUACAAAUCAAGAAAUGCACGCGAAAACACUAAACAUGAAGCCAGCACCACACCUAACCGAAAUCGUUCGCCUCUGGUGCCAAUGGUACCACAACAACAGUUCCCUGUAAAUAACUACCCUUACCCACCACAACCAAAUAAUAUGUCUUAUCCACCCUACCCAGCUUUCCCUCAACCAUCAAACUUCCAAUAUCCACCUCCGCCCUUUGGUCAGGUGUCAUCAGCCCAGUUUUCUAACAUGAUUCCAUAUGGCAACGCUGCUCCCGCGUUUAAUAAUAUGCCGCUACCAACACAACCGCCGUUUAUGCCAUUGACCCAAAGCCAACCACCACACUCAUAUAGCGCACCUCCCAUGGGACAGAUGCAAAACCCAGUGUACACCCAACCGUCACCUCAAAUGCCUCCUCACGGAAAUGGUAAUUUCCAGCAAGUAAUGGAGUUACACCAAAUACUGUUGCAGCAGCAGCAGCAGCAACAGCAGCAGCAGCAAGAUCCAAGGAAUUAG